AUGGAGCAGCAAUAUCUCUCCAAACUCCACCCCACAGUGGAUUACGGAGCAGGAGUGUUUCUUCUGAUCAUAGGGAUCCUGACGAUUCUGGGGAAUUCAGCAGUCCUUGUUACCGCAGUGAAACGCUCUUCCCGUCUCAAGUCCCCCGAGCUGCUUAUAAUAAAUUUAGCAGUAACAGAUCUUGGAAUGGCCAUCAGCAUGUACCCGCUGGCCAUUGCCUCAGCAUGGAACCAUGCUUGGCUGGGAGGAGAUGUGUCCUGUAUAUAUUACGCCCUGAUGGGUUUCCUCUUCGGUGUCUCCAGCAUGAUGACCUUGUGUAUGCUGGCUGUGAUCCGGUUCCUUGUAACCAACUCAUCCACAUCUAAUAGCAAUACAAUCAACAAGAACGCCGUUUGCAUUUUGAUUGCGUUCAUCUGGCUGUGCUCGCUGCUCUGGGCCAUUCUGCCUUUGCUGGGUUGGGGUUAUUAUGGCCCCGAACCGUUCGGCAUCUCCUGCACGAUAGCGUGGAGCGAAUUCCACAACUCCGCCAACGGCUUCUCUUUCAUCCUGAGCAUGUUCAUUCUGUGCACACUCCUGCCUGCGCUGACCAUCCUCAGCUGUUACUUGGGCAUAGCGUGGAAGGUUCGCAAAGCAUAUCAGGAGAUACAGAACUCUGACAGGAUCCCUAAUGCGGCAAAGCUGGAAAGGAGGCUGACACUGAUGGCCGUGUUUGUCAGCGUCGGAUUCCUCGGUGCCUGGACGCCCUACACAGCAGUCAGCUUCUGGUCAAUCUUUAACUCCAGCAAAUCUCUACAUCCUGUCAUUACGCUACUGCCGUGUCUGUUUGCCAAGUCUUCAACAGCUUAUAACCCUUUCAUUUACUACGUCUUCAGCAAAACUUUCCGGCGUGAAAUUAAGCAAAUGAAGUGUUGCUGUGGCUGGCGAGCUCACUUCUUUAACACAGAGAACUCAAUCGAAAACCCCAUGUCGAUGAUGUGGAUGGGUAGAGAAAACGCAUGUGUUUGUCCAACUGCAAAGGCGAACAACGGGGAGGCCUCAACCCAACGAGCAGCAGAGCUGGCUUUACAAACACAGCAGAAAAGCCUGCUUCAUCCUGUAUUAUAGGGAAUCAGUACAGGAGGGCCGUCAUGAUGUCUGUUAUGAUAAAUUGCUGUCGUAAAUUGCUGUCGUAAAUUGAGUGACAUGUUGUAAAGAACCAUGAUUUAUUUUUAAAGUUAAGCAGCAAGGAAAGAGGUGUUUUGAAGGACUUUCACUUCAUGAAAAUUAAAAUAUCAGUGGAUUCCUCUCUGCCCUAAACCAAACGAAACCAGCUUUAGCUUAACUACUGUGGAAGAAUAAGUACUGUGCUUGAAAGAGGAUUUACUGGUUUUUAUUUUUUUCCUUAUGCUUUUGACUUUAUGCUGGAAUCUCUGUGCAGCUCAUGACGGUGCCUCAAGAGAAAACAACUGAUAAUACUGGAAGUUGACACCCCGCUGCCCCAAAUUAGAUGCUUUUAAACAAAGAAGAAGGAGAAUAUGCCACUUCCCCAGCAAUAAGAAAGGACGAACAUAGGGGAACCAAGAACACUCAUCAGCUGGAAGAGAGAGCUACAGGAUGCAGCAACCGCUUGCAAAAUGGCCAUUUUAGGGCUACAGUGGCUUGCCUCUGCCAAAUUUAAAGGGCCAGUCUCCAGAAAGGCACGUCAGGGCAAGGAUUCUUUAAGAGGGCGGGUUUAGACUGAGGCAGCUCAGUAGGAAUGAGGCAGUCUUAGAGAAAGGGUCUGCUGCUGCAGAACACAAAAAGAUGUGAACAGUGAAAUCAUCUUUUAGGAUAAGGAAGCACACAGGAUAUUAUUUGUCAAAGAAUGACCAUUCCUUUGACACCAGUGCCUGUGUGUUCCUCCCAGAGAGGAACCGAGUGGUGAGUAGAAGCAACACAGCUCUGACAGUGAAAUGACUCAAUUUUGAGUGGAAGUCCUGUAUACCCCGCAGGGGGUGCAAGGUCACUGUCUUGUAAGGGAAGGGAGAGUAGCGAUAGCAGGCCGGAUUCUCUGCUUAUUCUAGUGUAAAUAGGGAGGUACUUCAUUGAAGUCAGUGGUACCAUUAGAGGAGUCUCAGGCCCCUGUACGUUGACAGGAGAAAGGACAAAGGCGAGGUGUAGUCCUGUGAAAGGGAAGCAAAUCCCAAGGCUCUUCAGUCUGCAAAGUUGAGGGUUGGCAAAGAAUGGGUGUGUCUGAGGAGACAUGGGUUUAAACACGUUCCUCCUCAUGUUAAUAAGUUGCUUAGCUACACUCAUUCGCUCUUUGCUUCACUCGUGCUACUAAACAGAAGUUACUUGGGCUCAGAUGCUUUCUAGGAAAUGAUCAGUAGAAGUUAGGAGUCUAAAUACCUUUAAGGAUCCAGGCCUAGGUGUGCAUGGGUCAUAUUCAAAUUACUGCAGAACCCCACUCCCUGGUGCUCCCUCCUGUCUUGCCCAUCACUUUUUGUCACAGUCUUUUACACACGAAACUCAGUGGAGUUUGUCGUGAAUUUAUCGAAGAAACACUGUUUGUUGGAAAAUGCUGAUUUGUCAAAACUGAGCCCAUUCGUGGGAAAUCUGACAAAUUUCCUGGCUCAAAAAAAAAUUUAAACCUCCUCCCCCCCCAAGUUUUGAAAUUGUUGAAACCUCCCACUUCCACAUUUUCUAAAUGAAAAGUUCC